UAACCAACUAACUGAAUUAACUGGAUCCAUCCCGUAUUUGUCGUAUAACACCGUACGAUCCUACUGCCACUAUUGCUGCUGCUGCUGCUGCCGAUUAACGCCUAACUAUUUUCCUUUUUAACUUUCCAUCUACUGAACUAUUGCCGUUUAUUCAUUUCAUCUAUUCUAUUUUACCAUUUUUCAUAUCAAUCUAAGCGACAAGCCUUUUCUUAGCUUGAACGCCAAACGCUACCUAGUCUUAGCUAUAUAGCAGCCAAAGUCGCUAGCUUCACUUACUUCAUACACCAAUCUCCACAAGACUAAUCAAGAUGGGCCGUUGGUCACAGUACGACGAAGACGAAGAACGCCUGCCUGAGGGUAUGCAACGUAUUGGCUACGAUGCCGACACCCAGACCUACACGUUCCGCGAUGCCGACGGUACCAUCUGGGAGAGCGCUCCCGGCAACCGGUACGGCCAACUCCACCGUGCCAAUGCAACCAUCCCACCUUACGGAGACGAUACACACGAUGCUACCGACCCCCUACAUUCUACCUCGAACAAACCUAGCACCUCGUGGCGACACGAAAUGAUGCCUCUGCUUAACUGGUUCUUGCUGGUUGGCUUGUUUCUUCUCUUCGUCUUCUGGGUCAUCGGCGGUACUACAUUCACCAAGCGGGUCGACCCGGUCACUUGCAAGGAGGACAGCAGUCCGUACAAGAUCAAGUCAGGCGACAGCUGCUGGGCCAUUGCCGAGGGACAUCAUAUUCCACUUGAGUCUCUUUUGCACGAAAACCAUGGCCUUGACUGCGAUAAGUUGGCUGUUGGUGGCACCAUCUGUAUCCCAAGGGUCUAGAUUGCUCAGCUACACCAAGGGUCGUAGGGUCUUUCCAUCGCUCUAGGGUCCUGAACACAACCGCGACACGCACUCUUGAACUAUGGACCAGGAUCCAAUCGUAUGCGUCCUAAUGUAUGCAAAUGUGUACAAGUAGCUGCGCUAUUCCAACCCAUUCGAAACACACUUCCUAUCACGAAUAUAUUUCGGCCGCUACCUUGAUUGAUCUAUUUAAACGACAGAAUGUGUCACUUUCUAAAUAAUCUGUACAAUCUCCAGCUAUCUAGGCCCUAGACGGUAAUACAAGUAUUGCUCCUAGGGAGCCCUUACCAAUGAAUGAAAU